UGCAAAAAGAAUGCCCUACUCGCUUAUCCUUCUCCUUUUGCCUCCAUAAAAGAUAACAGAAGGCCAGACCGAAUUCUUGGGAAUUCGUUCUGGACUAAGAUUAUUUGCUCUUUAUGUUACAGCGGUGCUGGGAAAGUAUAAUUGACGAUAAAUCUUCGUGUUAUAGUAUCCGUACUUGCAGCUAUUGCCUGCGUUCAGAGAAAUCCAUUCUUGGCUUAAGCUUACAUACAGAUUCUGUUGAUUCUGUGCUGGCAGAAUUGCAAGCAACGUACAGUCUGUUUUCUAAACCAUGGUGAUUCAUUAAACAGCUGCAGCAAUUUUUCUAGGUGCGGGCAUUCGCAUGUUUAUACUUAGAGGAAGAACUACCACACUUCUCAGUUUUGGAGGUGUAUAAUUGUUUAUAAGCUAAGGUUCAUACAUAACCUGAUUUGGGAUCUAAAUAUGGCUUCUGAUCUCAAAGGAAUAGUUGUUGUGAUUAUGGGUGUCAGUGGUGCUGGGAAAUCCACUAUAGGUGAGUUGCUGGCAAAAGCUAUGAAUUGCAGUUUUCAUGAUGCUGAUGAUUAUCAUCCACUAUCAAAUAAAGAAAAGAUGCAGAAAGGAAUCCCUCUUUCAGAUGAAGACAGGAUUCCUUGGCUUGAAACAUUAGGGAAUACCUUACGUGAGAGGUUAGUCAGUGAAAAAAGUGUGAUUCUCGCGUGUUCUGCUCUUCAGAGGCGAUACAGAGACAUUCUCAGAUCUGCGGACCCAAAUUAUGUGGCGGGAAGCCUUACCGGUGUGGUAAAGUUUGUUUUGCUGGAUGCUGGGAGUGAGGUGCUCGCUGCUCGUUUAGAGAGAAGAGCUGCAGAAGGCAAGCAUUUCAUGCCAGCUGAGCUUUUGCAAUCUCAGUUAGACUUGCUUCAGAUAGAUGAAUCCGAAGGAAUAUUAAAGGUAGAUGCCACUCUCAGUCCACAGACUAUUGUAAAUAUCAUAUACACCUGGAUAUUGUAAGAAUCUGUAAAGAGUCUCUCCCACAAUCCAUGGGGUCUUGGCUUUGUUCAGCAUCUGAUCCGAAAGUAUUCCCAGGAAUGAUUUUUUUAAACUGUCACCAUAUAUUUGGGGAACAAGAUGAUUAAAGUCGUGCAUUUGGUGCAUGACAGGAGA